AAGGCGGCGGCGGCUCCGCCGGGGUGGCGGCAUGGCGGGCUGGGGGCGGCUGGCCCGGCUCGGCGGGCGCCUCUGGGCGGCGGCAGGGCUGGCUCCCGGACACAGGGAUCAGCUGGGCUUUGUAGUCAGACACAUCAACAGUUCAACAUGGUGGCACGAGCAUCUUUCUGAAGAGAAUGUGGAGUUCCUCAAGAAGAUAACUGCAGAGGAGUACAAAGCUCAGACAGCCAGCAAGCUGUGCCCUCUGAAAGAUGAGCCAUGGCCACUGAAUAAGUGGACACCAGAUUCCAUCAGAGUUGGUGUUGUUGCAGUAAAACUGGGAAUGAUGCCAAUAUGGACCAAAUCAGGAGAAAAACAUGCUGUCACACUACUUAAGGUUCAAGAUUGCCAUGUUUUAAGAUAUGUUUCAAAGGAAGAGUCGGGUGGAAAAACAGCUAAGCUGCUUGUUGGAGGCAAAAAUGUAUCUCCUUUUUCUAAACCAGAGUCUGCACAUGAAAUUUUUAAAGAAGCUGGAGUGCCACGGAAGCAGAAAGUUACAACAUUUAAUGUAACAGAUGAUGCCAUAAUUAAGCCAGGUACUCCUUUAUAUGCUGCUCACUUCCGCCCCGGGCAGUUUGUGGAUGUUACUGCAAAAACAAUUGGUAAAGGAUUUCAAGGUGUCAUGAAAAGGUGGGGAUUUAAAGGUCAGCCUGCAAGCCAUGGCCAGACAAAAACUCACAGACGACCUGGAGCAAUAUCUACCAAUAAAGCUGCCAAAGUUUAUCGUGGCAAGAAAAUGCCUGGUAAAAUGGGUAACAUCUACAGGACAUCUUUUGGAUUAAAGGUGUGGAGGAUCAAUACAAAACACGACAUUAUUUAUGUAAAUGGGUCUGUUCCAGGUCACACCAAUUGUCUGGUGAAGGUCAGAGAUAGCAAAUUGCCUACUUACAAGGAUUGCAAUAAAAACCCUCCAUUCCCUACAUUUUUUGCUGAUGGAGAUGAAGAACUGCCAGAAGACCUUUUUGAUGAGGAGAUUUUCCAGUUCACAGAUCCAUCUGUCACAUUCGCAUAAUGUUCCUCACAUCUUUGAAAACACAGUUUUGUUAUUUUCAUGUACAUUGUAACAUUUUAUAAAAGUACGCCUAUGAAUUGCAGUCUGGCCAACUGACUUAAACGCUUCAGGUAUUGCCAUUUUGGUCAGGUAGUCAGGUCACUCUCAAACCUGUACUUAAAGCAGCAGGUGAGUCUGAGGGACAGGUUGUAAUGCACAGCAAACUGUGUGUCUUCAGUGACCUUUUGUCCUGUGCCCCAGGCUGUGAAAACCUACACAAUCCUGAAAAACUGUUGUUUUGAAGAUGGUUCCAGUUCAUUUUCUGAAUGUGAACAAAUUCUGUUUCUCUUUUGUGUAAAGUAUGCUGGGCAACUCUGAUCAAUCAGAAAAAGGUUCCAAAUCUGCCUUGGCAUCUGAGGUGGGGAGGAUCCAUGAAGAGCAAUCCAAAAUAAAACAAGAACAUGCGUGAGCAUUGUUUUGCAGAA